UAGCUUCGUGCCGCGUAAUCUACAUUAGGAUGACAUGACAUGACUCAGUUUUGAUGGAAUGUCUACCAUCAUUAAAAACAAACAAACCAACAUUUCAUUUGUCUCGUAAAAUAUUCGAACAAAUUAAAAUCAACCUUAUUAAAAACACAACUAGAUUCAAACUUCAUUAACUAUAAUUUUGUAUGGUGGGCGACACGAGGCUAGAGCAGAGCCCAACUUACAGGAAACCGCAGCCAAAUAACAUUAGACCCUACUCAUACCCUAGUGUUGUGUUCCUGCCGGUGAGUAAAGUUGCCAGAGUGUCAAGCGUACAUAGGCUACGGAGACUCCUUACCAUCAGGCGGGCCGUAUGCUUGUUUACCACCGACGUAGUAUAAAAAAAGUAAAAGCUUUUCACCACACCAGCUCGUAGAAGCUCUCUUGAUUGUUCAAAAACUAAUGAGAAAGUUACAUUUUAUCCACAAGAGUGGCAAAGUAAUUUGAUGCAAAUUUGGAGUUGUAUCCUUAUGUUAGCUGGUAGAAUUGACUUUUAAAUAAUGGUUUUGAAUGAUUAAUAUUUAAUAACGUUCAUUUGGAUUCAAUUUGGUUUAUUUUGUUUUUUGUUUAAUGUUUUAUAGUAAGUAUUUUCCUCGUGUUGGUGUGGUGAACAAUUUUGUGUUUCACUCGGUGACAAUUUUUUUAAACCCUCGCGCCUUGAAACAUUCGCAACGCUCAAUAUUUCACUUUUCGAAUUUAGGAAUCUUUUGCUUGAACGGGUAUCAAUAUUAACACGAGCGGUUAACAAGAACAACUGUGCCUCCUUGUAAAAACAAAUAACUAUUACGAGGCACACUUAUGUCUAAGCAUAUUAAUAAUUUCUCUUCCCAUACUAUGUGAGGAGCUUAUAUUCAAAACCUGAUUUUGUCACAUUUUUUUUAACCAUUAUAAAAGGUUACGUUACUUCGUAAAUCUUCGUUAAUAUUUUUAUUUAUUUUCCCAUAUUAGUUAUUAUGAAUUUUUAUAGCGGAAUCAUAUGCAAAAACAAUUUUGUCUACAAGAUUUUCUCAUGCAAAAAAUGAUUUGUCAUUUCAGCCAAUUGCUAGUCUGUUUUGCCGCCGUUUUGCUUAAGGAGAAAACGCUUUUUGUUUGGUUUGAUGUACACUUUUUCAAAGGACUCUUACGUCAAACGUGGGGCUAAACUAAAUAUGAUUUGUCCUUAUAACGUUGGUGCAUAAAAAGUUUUGUCCACAAUGUCCAAGCAUAAAACGAUUUGUCCAUUUUUAAAUCGCAAAAAUCCAAGUUAAUUUGUAUGGGUAGUUAUUUCGAAUAAUUUUAAAAUAGUAUUAGUGUAAACAUUUUUUUUAAUUAACAGUGCAAAGUUUCAGUUGUAUCAAUUUAAUACGUAUGAAUAAUAGUUUUUUUUUUUUUUUUCAUUUAUCCCAGUUUGAUAUAACGGUGACAAGUCAGGUUUUGAAUAUAAGCUCGUCAUGUAUCACGCCUGGUAAAUACUUGGUGAAUUUACCCUAAAGUCGAUAACACAUUUCAAUUAAACAAACCGCCGAUACGGAUAUCCCCGUCUUUUCACACGUCAUACCAUCUUUGUCAUUUCAGUUCUUUAAGGGUUAAACGAAUAUAAAAGCCCAUAAAACUGCUAAAAUUUGACAAAAAUAAGGUGGCUACCAUACUUGGCAGUCACCUAGUAAUUCAUUAGUGGAAGUGGCUCAGUAAGCCAGAGAAAAACAAUUAUUAGCUGAUCAAACUUCAGGUAUUUAUUAUUAUCUUGCUAAAAUAUUAUAAUAGUUAAUUAAGAUAUGUGUUGGGACUAUCAUAACAUAGUAAAGUUUUUUGACCUAUUGCUACUUUUGAUUUUAGACUAUGAGAUUUUGUUUAGUAUGUCUACUACGACUAGAUAUCAACGCAGACUUCAUAGAAUACAAGAUUUGAAAAACAUCCAUAGACAGAUCCACGAUAGGGCAUACUUAACCUCUAUUAAUAAUACUUCUAAAAAGCGUAUACGAGUAUCUUCUUUGAAUUCACUAACAAUAGUAGUAUAUUUUAAAUAGGCUAAUCAUUAGUGUAGAAUGACCCAACUUUAUUUAGUCCAAAAGGUAUAAAAGAUGUUUUCAUGAAUUUAAAAGGGCAAAAAACUACAAAAAGCAGUGAUAAUUCAUCAUAAAAGUGUAGGUUGGUUAGGUAGGCCUAUUUUCUUUACUUUUGGGACAAUGCUUUUGCACUGUAAUAUUAGUUUAUCAUUGCCCAAAAUAAUAAAGUGUAUUUUUUUACUGUACCUUAUCAGAAUGCAGUCAAUCAUUCUACUUCUAUGCGUGAUGACGGUUGCCGCUCGUCAUGAGUUUACCUUCGAAGACGUUAUCCAUGAGGAGUGGGAAGAUUUCAAGUUGCAGUUCGACAAACAAUUCAAAUCAAUGACGGAAGACCGCCAACACAUGGGCAUUUACGCCCUGAACAAAUACAAAAUAGCAAAGCACAAUGAAAUGUACGAAAAAGGGAAGUGCUCAUACAAACUAAAAGUGAACAAGUAUUGCGACAUGCUGGAGCCCGAAUUUAACAAGAAGAUGAAAGGUUUUAUUUACCGACGCGACCCUGGUGCAGCGAAUCACUCUAAGCCCUUCAGAACACCUAUAUUGGCGGACUACCCGGCGAUGGUGGACUGGCGUCAGCGGGGCGUGGUCACGGAUGUCAAGGACCAGAAGCAAUGCGGCUCCUGUUGGGCUUUCAGUGCUACGGGCGCUCUCGAAGGCCAAACAGCAAUAAAAAACAAACGACUGGUGUCCCUAUCGGAGCAAAACUUGAUCGACUGUUGUACGAGCAAGUACGACAACAACGGUUGUAGCGGCGGUUGGAUGAACAGCGCCUUCCAGUACAUCAAGGACAACGGCGGGAUCAGUGCGGAAGCAGCCUACCCCUACCAGGCGGAUCAACAACAGUGCAGAUACAACCCUAGAAACUCCGCCGCCACCUGCACUGGUUAUGUGAGCAUACCGCAAGGAGACGAAGGGAAGUUGAUGGACGCAGUCGCAACGAUAGGGCCGAUAGCCGUCGCCAUCGACGCACCCAGCACGUUCCACCAGUACGCGGAAGGGGUGUAUUAUGAGCCAGCUUGCAAGACUAACAGUCCUAACCAUGCCGUUCUGGUUGUGGGAUACGGCACUGACCCACAAGGAGGAGACUACUGGUUGGCCAAGAACUCGUGGGGCAAGUCGUGGGGCAUCGACGGCUAUAUCAAGAUGGCGCGCAACCGCGGCAAUCACUGCGGCAUCGCCAGCGUGGCUUCUUACCCGACCGUUUAACACUGUUUAAUUUUUUUUAAAUAUUUUAAGUUAGGUGAGCACAUAUAUUUUACUACCCCGCGACUUUGUCUGCAUAUAAUUAGUACUUCCAUAGUAAAAUCCACCCUUCUUUUCGCCCCUUUAACACUUUCAAUGUCAAGCAUCCCAUUUCUAAUACAAAAUAAACACACCUAGCAUGUGAAGGGAUGAUUUCCGUGAUAAAAUCAAUCCUAUGUAGGUGCUUCCUCGGGACGCAAACUCUCUUCAUGCCAAAUUUUACUUAAAUUGGUUCAGCGCGAUAAUUUGAAGAGGUAAUA